AUGGAACGCCGGAAGAGCAAUGACCGACGAAUUCUGCUCUGCUUCUUCGCCGUGGCCACCGCAGUGAAACUUCUUCUCAUUCCGUCGUACCGGAGCACUGAUUUCGAGGUUCACCGUAACUGGCUCGCGAUCACACACUCUCUUCCUCUCUCAAAAUGGUACUUCGACGAGACAAGCCCAUGGACACUAGAUUAUCCUCCCUUCUUCGCAUACUUCGAACGCUUCCUAUCGAUUUUCGCGGGUCUAGUCGAUCCCAGAAUCGUAGAUCUCCAAUCAGGACUCGAUUACAGCGCCGAUUCUGUAAUCUACUUCCAACGGAUCAGCGUGAUCGUCUCGGAUCUAUGUCUUCUCUUCGGUGUUUAUAGAUUGACUCGGAAACUGGAUCCGAUUAAGCGAAAUCUGAUCUGCGCGUUGGUGAUUUGGUCUCCUGGGCUGUUGAUCGUAGAUCACAUUCAUUUUCAGUAUAACGGAUUUCUACUUGGCUGGUUGUUGCUUUCGAUUUCGUUUUUGCAAGAUGGGAGAGAUCUGCUGGGUGGGUUCUUAUUCGCCGUUCUGCUUUGCUUCAAGCAUUUGUUCGCCGUUGCUGCUCCGGUUUACUUCGUUUACCUCCUCAGGCAUUAUUGCUGGUCCGGUUUAGCUACCGGUUUCCGACGGCUUGUAACUAUUGGUGCGGUGGUUGUGGCGGUUUUUGCCGCCGCCUUUGGACCUUUUAUCUACUAUGGACAGAUGAAGCAAGUCAUGAGGCGAAUGUUUCCUUUCGGGAGAGGACUGUGCCAUGCAUACUGGGCACCUAACUUUUGGGUUUUCUACAUAAUACUCGACAAAGGACUUGCCUUUUCGCUACGAAAGCUCGGAUUCGAAAUCCAGAUUCCUUCCGCUUCUUUCACUGGUGGAUUAGUCGGGGAUUCUUCUCCGUUUGCAGUUCUUCCUCAGAUCACUCCAUUGAUAACAUUUGCAAUGGUAUUACUCGCUGUAACUCCGUGUCUCCUCAAGGCGUGGCAAAAACCACAGCCUGGGCUUGUUGCUAGAUGGAUAGCUUAUGCAAAUACAUGCGGGUUUCUGUUUGGAUGGCACGUCCAUGAGAAAGCAUCGCUUCACUUCACCAUCCCACUUGCAAUCGUCGCAGUGCAGAGCCUCGAAGAUGCUAAACACUACUUUCUUGUUUCCAUAGUGUCUUGCUAUUCGCUCUUUCCACUUUUAUACGAGCCGCAGGAAUACCCGAUCAAGGUUCUGCUGCUGUUAUUGCACUCAAUGGUAAUGUGGCUCGGCUUUGCGGCUCAACACGCAGAUGAGAAGAAGGCUCUUAAGAAGAAGAAGGAAGCUGGUGAGAUCAAGAGCAAGUUUGAGAUUGGAUGUGUUGAGAAGAGCUAUCUAAUGGGUUUGGUGGUAGUAGAGAUAGUGUCUCAGUUCUUGCAUCCGUAUUUUCUAGGUGACAGAUUUGCAUUUAUGCCUUUGAUGUUGAUCUCAACGUAUUGUGCCGUUGGUAUCAUGUACUCUUGGAUUUGGCAGCUCCAGAGGAUCCUCACAUGA